AUGUGUUCGCCGUGGCCUGGCGUCGUCCUGCGCCUAUGUCAGGUCCAUGGGGCAGGGCACAGUGCCUACUACUGCGCAGCCGGGACUCAAUUGGAGCGACUAGUGAUUUCUCUUGUUGAUGGCAACAAGACUACAAAUGCUUCAGACCAGGAUGGUUUAUCCUUGCCGGUAAUGACAACGCUGGCCCGGUCUUCUGGUAGACCACUGUCUGGUGAUGCAGCAAACUUACAGUCUCCUCGACACUGGGGUCAAAUACGACAAUUCAAUCAGGAGACAGCUUAUGUUCCGGGAACUCAUUGGACUGUCAUUCUUGAUGAGAUUAAGCAGCUCAAAAACAUGCUGUCUCAUGAAGACACGUCGAAUAGCCGCAGCACCUCCUCUGCUUCUGCGCUUCCUUUAGAUACAACUGAGUCGAAUGUGCUUUUUGGAGGCCACAAAUCCUUGAGCAGCCAAGAAAUCCUGGCCGCUGUUCCGUCGAGAUCUAUUGCGGAUAGGUUGGUUGCAGGCUAUUUCCUUGACCGUCCCAUUGUUACAAUCGUUCUGCAUGGCCCGACGUUCUUACUUGAGUAUGAUGGUUUCUGGGAAGAUCCUUUAGGAACGCCCAUGACAUGGAUUGGGCUACUGUUUUCAGUUAUGUGUCUGGUGCUAUCAUAUCGACCUGAGGCGGUUCCAAUGAUUUCCGACUCUCAGGAACUUGCACGGAUAUAUAGGGAAAAGAUUGUACAAUGCCUUUACCUUGGAAAGUAUUCGAAUGGUACGCCAUACAGUGUUGAGACAUUGUUGUUGUACUUGCACAUCGAAUUACUUCGAGCAAGCGAUACGCAAAGCGAGCCUUGGACAAUGUUGGGUGUUGUCGUCCGCCUUGCAUAUCGUAUGGGUUAUCAUCGAGAUCCUUCGCAUUUUCCAAAUAUACCUCCGUUUGAAGGUGAGAUGAGACGACGAGUAUGGUCUAUGCUUGUUCGGCUCGAUAUCCAAAUGUCGGCGCAAGUUGGACUACCUCGUAUGAUUAGGGAAGACCAAGCGGACGUCGCUGAACCACGAAAUCUACUGGAUGAAGACCUACAUCGUGACAUGCAAGAGUUACCUGCAUCACGGCCCGCUGCCGUUCUGACAGAAAUCCAGUACAGCCUACUAGAGAGUAGAUUGCUUUCGAUUCGCGGGGGAAUAACUGAUUGGAUGGAGGCUGUGACAAACAGGAGAACAAAUCUAGCCCUUGCGAAGGCUAAUAUCUCUCGUUUGGAUCAGCAAUUGGACAAUGCAUAUGCCGCACUCCCAGAAACGCUUCGCAUGCGACCAAUGGCCAAGUCGCUGGUUGAUAAUGCUGAAACUAUUUUAAGACGUAUGGUACUCUUUCUGCAUUUGCAGGAGUCCAAGUGCUCAUUGUACUAUCGAUUUGCAACCUUACUGCCGUCCUUUGGUAUUGAAGAGGAAAGUCAAAUCAAUCACAAUUCUGCCCACUCUAUAUACAUCGAAGCUGCUUUGCACAUUAUCCGAUGUCAACGAACGCUAUAUGAUGAAACGCAAAUCUCUGGGCGUUUAUGCAAGGAUCGAUGGAAGGUAUCGGCAUUGCUCCGGAACCCGUGCUUGAUGGCUACUUCCCUACUGUGUUCAGAGAUUGGUGCUGUCCAUAGUGGCCCGGUUUUCAAUUCUUCGACCAAUCAGUUCCCUCAACAAAGCGACGAUAGUCCGACUAGCCCAAAAUCCCAAUUGAACCACCUGGCGCCUGAAAAGCGAGCCGCAAUCGUCCAGGCCCUACAUGACUCUUGUCUCGUCUGGACUCAUCUAAGCGAGACUUCGCACGAGGCCUUUAAAGUCGUUGAAGCGGUGCGAUCGGUCCUGAACGCAAUGCCCAAUACCGAUAUGACCAUGUCACCAACAGUGGAUAAUGGCCCAAUUCUGGAUAUGACUAUGAAUAAUGUCACGAUGGUUCCUAGCGGUAGUGUCGCAGGAAGCCCCUCAAGAAGUAUGUACUCUGCGUCCUCUUGUCACUGAUGUCAAGCCCUAUGUAUGUGUAGGCUAAUUCUUAUCCCUUCAAGUGCUUGAUCUUCUACAGCAACAGAGCGAUGGUCAUGAUCCGAACAUGCGCCUCAGUACUGCUACUUCCCAGCUUCCCAAUCUUGUUGCCCAGCAUCACGGGAUUGGGGAAGGAUCUCAGAUGCACUAUGAUCCACUAUCACAGAACCAGUUGAAUAUGGUAAGUAAGACCUUUGGCAGAAAGAUUCUCAAGGCUGAUGAUUCCUUUCAGCAUCCCCAGAGACUGGAGCAGAUGGAAAGAAUGGCGAAGUACUUCCCGAAAAGAUUUGCGUUCCUUUUAUGAAACAUUAUUAGAAGCGAGUUUUGCUACUAUAAGUUAAAAGUCCGAAAUCCCACACAUGUGCGUCUAGCUCGCGACAUCAAGAGACGCCAUCCACAAAGUUCUGCUCAGAGUCUAGACUGAAUCGAGAUAAUCUUAUCUCCUGACGUUUGGCUCAGCUGGGUAGGUUGGACUGAAUUAGAAUCCAAGAGCUACUGCGCAGUUAAUACGAGGAGAAUAGGUCCGUGCGAAGACGAUGACAUUGCCUGCUGACGAAUGAGCGCUAUGAUAAAACAUAAUUGAUAUACAGUACGGAUGCACUCCGUAGGAAUCAAUGACUACGCUUGGAUCCUCGUACG